GCGCCAAAUUUAGUUUUUUUCAGGCGGCUCUUGAGGCGACCCGGAAGCGGAAGUGGGGGAAAGUUCUAGUGGGUUGAGGUAUCGGCGGGAGCUGCCGGCGGCGGGAGAAGCCGUUACGGAAGCUGGGACUGCCGAUCAACCCUGGUCAAGAUGACAACCUCCCAAAAGCACCGAGACUUCGUGGCCGAGCCCAUGGGGGAAAAGCCAGUGGGCAGCCUGGCGGGGAUCGGUGAAGUCCUGGGCAAGAAGCUGGAGGAGCGGGGCUUUGACAAGGCCUACGUGGUCCUGGGCCAGUUCCUGGUGCUGAAGAAGGACGAAGACCUGUUCCGGGAGUGGCUGAAGGACACGUGUGGCGCCAACGCCAAGCAGUCCCGGGACUGCUUCGGGUGCCUGCGCGAGUGGUGCGACGCCUUCUUGUGAUGCUCUCUGGGGAGCCCCCGACCCCUGACCCCCGCCUCGAGUCUCCAGAGUUUGCAGCUGAGUGGGGGUGCUCCCUUGUCCUCUACCAAGGAAACGAUGGCUGUCUGCUCACCACCAAUGGCCUCCGGGUCCUCGGGGGAGUUCUCUCCCCUCACCAUUUCAACUUUUUUGGAAUUCUCACUCUUGCAUGCAUCUCCCUUCUCUUUCCCGCCAGUUUCAGGUCAACAACCAGCUUUUCUGAGUGGAUUUCUGGCCCCUACCCUCACCCCGGGUCUGUUUAAUGACGUUUGGCUUCUCUUUUGGCAAAACCGUCACUGUCCGUAUAAAGUUUUUUAAAUCAAUAAAGUCAGUGGCCUUCCA